AAUGGACACUGAGUUGAUCUGUAAGCAGCUGGCAGCGUGUUGGUACCAGCCUGUUGAUACCAGCCUGUUGUAGCGGACCCUUAAUCAUGGUGCUUGUCUUUAUGCUGAGGGUUUCCUGGAUUUGCUUCCUCCUUUUUGGCCGAGGUGCUUGCCUGCCUGUGUUAGUUAAAGGUCAGUCUGGUGGCACUGGAAGAUUGGGCCACCUUGGCUGGGUACCUGGUACUGGAGGGGUUGGUGCUGUCAGAUGGUUCCCUGGAACUGGAUUGCGUGGGGAUGGUAGCACUGGAUCUGUAAGAGUUGAUACUGGUGACUGGGCCUCUGGUGCUGGCAGAUCUGGUGCUUUAAGUGUUGGCACAACUGGGGUUGGUCGUGACACCUCAGUUACUACAGGGCUUGGUGUUGGCAGCUCUGGUACUAGUGGGGUUGACGUUGGCAGUUCUGUUACUGCAGGCGUCGGUGCUGGUAGCUCUGGAGGGGUUGGAUCUGCUGGCGGCUCCGGCUCUGGAAGGGUUGGUAUUGGUGGCUUUACUGGAUCCUCAUUUUUUGCUGGCUUUCCAUGGGUAAAUGCUCCUACAGGGGGAGCUCCUUCCUCCUUUGACCCACAGGACUGGAUGCCCUCUCAGACCUAUCCUGACUUUAAUGCCUGGUAUCCCUCUCAAGUGCCACUUGGCAUGUUUAUGGCUCCACCUGCAUUGCCUUCAUCCUACAUCAUCCAGAACGGCAAUGGUUACCAGCGAGGAAGAGAAGCCUUUUCUUACUCCAAAUACACUGACAAUGUCUACAGCCCCUUCCCUCUAAGCCCCGUGCUGCCACACGAUCCAGAAAGUGUCCCAGUGGUUGAUUCUCAAAGGAUAAAGGAUUGAGGUCAACUUGAUGAGCUGAGCCUGGGCCUCCAUGCAUCAUGUGGUCAUUAAAUGCACUAUAACAACAAAA